CGGCGGCCGCGGCGGAGGGGCCCGCGCCGAGCGCAGGAAGGCAGAGCGGCGGCAGGAGCAGGGCCGGAGCUCGGCGCGGGGUCCCGGCUCCGGGCGCGGGCCCCUGCUCGGCGGGGAGGGAGCGGACCGCCCGGCCGCGCUGCUCCCCGGAUCCGCCCCCUCCCCGGGCCCGCCCCCUCGGAGCCUCGGCGGGCGGCGGCGGCGGCGGGGCUGCUCCCGGGCCGGGGGCCGCGGUGCCGGCGCCAUGCGGGCGUCGCUGCUGCUGUCGGUGCUGCGGCCCGCGGGGCCCGUGGCCGUGGGCAUCUCGCUGGGCUUCACCCUGAGCCUGCUCAGCGUCACCUGGGUGGAGGAGCCGUGCGGCCCGGGGCCGCCGCUGCCCGGGGACGCGGAGCUGCAGCCGCGCGGCAACACCAACGCGGCGCGCCGGCCCAACUCGGUGCAGCCCGGGGCGGAGCGCGACGGGCCCGGGGCCGGCGCGGAGAACUGGGAGCCGCGGGUCCUGCCCUACCGGCCCGCGCAGCCGGGCCAGGCCGCCAAAAAGGCCGUCAGGACCCGCUACAUCAGCACGGAAUUGGGCAUCAGGCAGAAGCUGCUGGUGGCAGUGCUGACCUCGCAGGCCACGCUGCCCACGCUGGGCGUGGCCGUGAACCGCACGCUGGGCCACCGCCUGGAGCGGGUAGUGUUCCUAACAGGGUCCCGGGGUCGCCGGGCACCCCCUGGCAUGACCGUGGUGACGCUGGGUGAGGAGCGGCCCAUCGGCCACCUGCACCUGGCCUUGCGCCACCUGCUGGAGCAGCACGGCGAUGACUUCGACUGGUUCUUCCUGGUCCCCGACGCCACCUACACCGAGGCGCACGGCCUGGCGCGCCUCGCCGGCCGCCUCAGCCUGGCCUCUGCCACCCACCUCUACCUGGGUCGCCCGCAGGACUUCAUUGGGGGAGAUCCCACGCCGGGCCGCUACUGCCACGGCGGCUUUGGGGUGCUGCUGUCGCGCACGUUGCUGCAGCGGCUGCGCCCCCACCUGGAGAGCUGCCGCAAUGACAUCAUCAGUGCCCGGCCCGACGAGUGGCUGGGGCGCUGCAUCCUGGAUGCCACCGGCGUGGGCUGCACCGGGUACCACGAGGGGGUGCACUACAGUUACCUGGAACUGAGCCCCGGGGAGCCGGUGCAGGAGGGGGACCCUCGCUUCCGCAGCACCCUGACUGCACACCCCGUGCGAGACCCUGUGCACAUGUACCAGCUGCACAAGGCCUUCGCGCGGGCGGAGCUGGAGCGCACCUACCAGGAGAUCCGGGAGCUGCAGUGGGAGAUCCAGAACAGCAGCAGCCUGGCCGCUGACGGGGAGCGGGCGGCCGCCUGGCCUGUGGGCAUCCCCGCGCCAUCGCGCCCGACCUCCCGCUUCGAGGUGCUGCGCUGGGACUACUUCACCGAGCAGCAUGCCUUCUCCUGCACCGACGGCUCCCCCCGCUGCCCGCUGCGCGGGGCCGACCGCGCCGAUGUGGCCGACGUGCUGGGGGCCGCCCUGGAGGAGCUCAACCGCCGCUACCGCCCCGCGCUGCGGCUCCAGAAGCAGCAGCUCCUCAACGGCUACCGGCGCUUCGACCCAGCCCGUGGCCUGGAGUACACGCUGGACCUACGGCUGGAGGCGCUGACCCCGCAGGGCGGCCGGAGGCCCCUGACCCGCCGGGUGCAGCUGCUGCGGCCGCUGAGCCGCGUGGAGAUCCUGCCGGUGCCCUACGUGACCGAGGCCUCGCGGCUGACCGUGCUGCUGCCGCUGGCUGCCACCGAGCGCGACCUGGCCACCGGCUUCCUGGAGGCCUUCGCGGCCGCCGCCCUGGAGCCCGGCGACUCGGCAGCAGCCCUGACGCUGCUGCUGCUGUACGAGCCGCGCCAGGCCCAGCGGGCCGCCCACGCCGACGUGUUCGCGCCCGUCAAGGCGCAGGUGGCCGCGCUGGAGCGCCGCUUUCCCGGCGCCCGGGUGCCCUGGCUGAGCGUGCAGACGGCCGCGCCCGCCCCGCUGCGCCUCCUCGACCUGCUGUCCAAGAAGCACCCGCUCGACACGCUCUUCCUGCUGGCCGGGCCCGACACGCAGCUCACGGCCGACUUUCUGAACCGCUGCCGCAUGCACGCCAUCGCCGGCUGGCAGGCCUUCUUCCCCAUGCACUUCCAGGCCUUCCACCCGGCCGUGGCGCCCAAGCAGGGCCCGGGCCCCCCGGAGCUGGGCCGCGACACCGGCCGCUUCGAUCGCCAGGCGGCCAGCGAGGCCUGCUUCUACAAUUCCGACUACGUUGCGGCCCGCGGGCGGCUGGCGGCGGCCCCAGAGCAGGAGGAGGAGCUGCUGGAGGGCCUGGACGCCUACGAGCUCUUCCUGCGCUUCUCGGGGCUGCACGUGCUGCGCGCCGUCGAGCCCGCGCUGCUGCAGCGCUACCGGGCUGGGGCCUGCAGCGCGCGCCUGGCCGAGGACCUGUUCCACCGCUGCCGCCAGAGCGCGCUCGAGGGCCUGGGCUCGCGCGCCCAGCUGGCCAUGCAGCUCUUUGAGCAGGAGCAGGGAAACAGCACCUGACGCUGCCCCCACGGGGUCCCCCCUCCGCUCCCGCAUCCCCAGGGGCUCAGGACCGCCCCCUGGAGGUGCACCCCAGACCCCACCCUCUUGACGCUGCUGAUUCAGGCUUUGCCUCCCCCCACCCCCAGUAUUUAUGCAGAGCAGUCCAGACGCCGGCCCGCGACCCUCCUGGGGGGCUGCUGGGCUGUAGAUGACUUGUGGGGGGGAGAGGGCCAGAGAGAGGAGGGCGGGCUUGCCCAGUUGCGCCCCUCCGCCCUCCAUGGAGCUGCCUGCCCUGAAUAAACUGGCUGAGAGUGGA